AGCACUAUAGUUUUGAGAUCGCUUUGAAAAACGGGAAGAGGAAAGUCCUGGCUGCAGAAUCAGCAUAUCUCAGACAGCAGUGGAUGUGCCAGCUUUUGCAAGCAGUAAACCAUCGUGUGUGUAACACCUCAGGGCUGACCUCUAACAAGUAACACUAACUCCACACCGCUGUUACACAUUCAUAUCAGUUAUAGCCAUCAGAUGAAAAUAAAAUGCUUUUUGUGUGUGUUUAUGUUUACAGUGAGACUGCCCUAGAUAACAAGGGCAGAACUAAAUCAAGCCCCUGCAACAUGUUCAUCACUCAGUCAGAGUUGAGAGGUAGACUGGUCAGGAGACGUCACUCUGCUGAGCUGAAUUCCUAUCUGUGGUCUACCAGACAUCACCCUGCUGUUAUACUAACUGCGACCUCACCGAUUGACACUGAUGUUGGUCUGUCUCACGCUGAGAGCAGUCAAUGCAUAGAGGAUGAAACCAACCAGGAUGCUGAAGAGACUGAACUCGAGCACGAUUAUGAUGUCCUGCCACCUUGCAAACCCUUACAUACUAAGGAGGAACCCAUUUAUGACACACCUCCAUCAAACCGGCGACUCAGUGAGCGAGAACCAGAAACAACCGAAAACAUCUACGAUGUCCCCAAGCCUGCCCUUAGAAAAAGGUCUGUGAAUGAAGCCUCGUGUGCUAAAGAGCUACCCGAGAUCACAGGUCUCCUCCAUGACAUGGUGAUAUGUUUAGGAGGAACCUCUGCAGACUGGGUCAGAGCGACUGCUUCAGGAACCACCUGUCAACCUUAACACCACUGUAUUUAUGUAUGUAUUUAUGCCAUGCACUUAAAUGCGAUAGAUGUUCGAUGUACCUUUUUUAAGUUAAGUUUAAGAGUAUUUUACCACAGUGAUGGUUUGUUUAUCUAUUUAGCAAGCGAGAUUAAAUCCAUGUAAAAAUCUAAAAUUCAUAUUUAAUCUUACAGAGAGGUAUUUAGAUGCCAUGCUUAGAGCUAAGAAUGUAACACCAAUACCAAAAAUGCUAUAAAAUGCUGUUUUAUAUGCUGGAAUUGCACUUUUAUACAUACAUUACACACAUGUUCAUGUAGCUGGAUGUUCUCCACACAGAUACAGGGUUGAAGUGAUGAUGAUAAUGCCAUUAUACACGUUAUCCUAGCUUCUGUGACACAUCCGGGGUACUUCUGCUCCUCAAGAAAAGUAGCAGAAUUACAGAUAAAUAUAAUGAAAAUGAUUUUGACUUAAAAAAAAAAAAAGCUAAAACAGCUCAUUUUGGAUCAUAUUUACAAAAUGAAACGCAUAACUGAAUAGACUA